UGUCUGUUUCAGCUCUUGCACUGAGAUGCGGAUGCUGUUGUCGUCCCUGUUGGAGGAGGUCGACUGGUUGUUUGGCUCAGUCAGUUCCUGUACUGCUCCUGUGAGACUUGAGACGACAGGAUGAGUUCUCCACUGAGGGAUAAACUGACUCCUGCUGUGGUACCCGAUCACGUCUGAAGCCUCUUUGGUCCUGAAUCUGUUUCGGGCUGUUUGUCGUCACCUCGUUGAUGGAGGCUUCUGCUACAGGACUUCGUUCCAUCUGCUUCACAGGAAAGUCUUAUUCUAGGAGCUGAACCCCAGCCUGAGCUGUGAGCGCUGAGGGGAGAUAAGGAGCUGGCUGAGGGGAGGACUGACAGAGCUGCCACCUUGCUGGAGAGGCUGCAAGACGGAGCAGUGACAACAACGGAGCGUAGCAUCAUUUUCUCAAGAGGAACAUCUCAUCUUACCUGCAGGGGCUCUUGGGGGAAAAAAAAAAAAGUAAAUUGCACUAAUACCGAACCUUCACCUCUAACCAGGAUUGGCCUUUAGUCAGAGGUUCAGACCGAUAUUUAUUUUACUAAAUCCACACCCCACACCUAGCAUGGGUACAAGAGGCCUUCUGGGCGGCCUCGUCCUGACUGCUGCUCUGCUCAGCUUAUCAAAUGCUGGGCUUGUGAAGAAAAUCUUACGGCAUCGGCGACAGACUCUGGUGUCCCCUAAAGAACACAACGUCACCCUUCCCAGUGCAGACCACCCUGUGGUUUUCAACCACGUCUACAACGUCAAUGUUCCCAGCAGCUCCCUGUGCUCAGUCAACCUGGACGCCCCGGAGAGCACGCAGCUCCUUCCCAAAGACGCACCCGUCUCUCCGGGGCAUCACAUCACCGACCACACCAUCGAUGGGGAGAACCAGAUCGUCUUCACCCACCGCAUCAACAUACCUCGGCAGGCGUGCGGCUGCAAUGACGAGCUACCUGGCCUGAAAGACCUCCUAAGCCGGUUGGAGAUGCUUGAGGGAGAGGUUUCGGCUUUGAGGGAUCAGUGCAACGGUGACGGGACCUGCUGCAGCGCACAGGUCACAGGUGAGGUGGGAACAAAACCUUACUGCAACGGUCAUGGAAACUUCAGUGCUGAAACCUGUGGCUGUGUUUGUGAGCCUGGCUGGAAAGGACCCAACUGCACCGAGCCAGAGUGUCCUGGUAACUGCCAGGACCGGGGCCGCUGCGUGGACGGAAAGUGUGAGUGCUUCAAAGGCUUCUCUGGAGAGGACUGCACACUCGAGGUCUGCCCUGUGGACUGUGGAGAUCAUGGCCAGUGUGUGGGCGGCGUAUGCGUCUGCUCGGAUGGUUUCUUUGGCGAAGACUGCUCUCAGACCAAGUGCCUCAACAACUGCCUGGGCCGCGGCCACUGUGACGACGGAGACUGUGUGUGUGAUGAACCCUGGACUGGCUUCGACUGCUCCGAGCUCAUCUGCCCCAAAGACUGCUACGACCGCGGGCGCUGCGAGAACGGCACCUGCUUCUGUGAUGAGGGAUUCACCGGGGAGGACUGCGGAGAAAGCACCUGUCCCAACAACUGCCAAGGUAAUGGUUUCUGUGUUGACGGCCAGUGUGUCUGCACUGCCGGCUACAGCGGAGAGGACUGCUCUCAGCUCACCUGCCUCAACGACUGUAACGGCAGAGGUACCUGCUUCAAUGGGAUGUGUAUCUGCGACGCGGGCUACCAGGGCGAAGACUGCAGCCAGUUAGCAUGUCUGAACAACUGCAACAACAGAGGCCAGUGCAUAAAUGGACAGUGUGCAUGUGAUGUCGGUUUCCAGGGAGACGACUGCUCUGAGCUUUCCUGUCCUAGUAACUGCCUGCACAGAGGCCGCUGUGUCAAUGGCCAGUGUGUGUGCGAGGAAGGAUUCGCUGGGGAGGACUGCAGCAUCAGGACCUGCCCCUCUAACUGCUACGGCCGCGGGGAGUGUAUCGAUGGACGUUGCGUGUGUCACACAGGCUUCACCAGCGAGGACUGCGGCGAACUGAGCUGCCCUAACAACUGCAGGGACCGCGGGCGCUGCGUCGACGGACAGUGUGUUUGUGACGAAGGCUUCACCGGGGAAGACUGCAGUCAGAAAGCUUGUCCCAACGACUGCCUGGCCAGAGGUUAUUGUGAGGACGGCAAGUGCGUCUGUCAGGAAGGCUACUCAGGAGACGACUGCUCUGUGCUCGCCUGUCCGGACAACUGCAACAACAGGGGGCGCUGCAUCAGUGGAAGGUGCACAUGUGAGACUGGAUAUGAGGGAGAGAGCUGUGCAGAGCUGAGCUGCCUCAACAACUGCCAGGACAAAGGCCGCUGCGUGAAUGGUCAGUGCGUGUGUGAUGAGGGGUACAUCGGAGAGGACUGCUCAGAAGUGUCUCCUCCAAAGGACCUCACUGUCGGCGAGGUCACCUCUGACACAGUGGACCUGUCCUGGAACAACGAGAUGUUGGUGACAGAAUACCUUGUGACGUAUGUGCCCACCAGUCCCGGUGGUCUUCUCCAGGAGUUCACCGUGACUGGAGACAAAACCUCUGCCACCGUCAAAGAGCUCGAACCUGGCAUCGAGUAUCUGAUUCGCGUCCAUGCUGUUCUCAGCAACAAGAGGAGCGUCCCUGUCAGUGCGAGGGUGGCCACAGAUCUUCCACGGCCAGAGGGUUUAAAGUUCAAAUCAGUGAGGGAGACCUCAGUGGAGGUAACGUGGGACCAGCUGGACAUCCCCUUUGAUGGCUGGGAGAUCUAUUUCCGCAACACGAAAGAAGAAAAUGGAAAAGUCAUGAGCACACUUCCACCCUCGCAAAACCAGUUUCUCCAGCCAGGCCUUGGACCAGGACAGGAGUAUGAGGUCUCCAUCAACAUCAUCAAGAACAACACCAGAGGACCCCAGACAUCCAAAACAGUCACUACCAAGAUUGACGGUCCCCGGCAGGUGGAGGUGAAGGAUGUGACGGACUCCUCGGCACUGGUGAGCUGGUCUCAGCCAGUGGCUCCUGUGGACAGAGUCACCAUGUUUUACGGGCCAACCUCCGACCCCUCUGAUGAAAACAGUGCGGAGAUUUCCCCCCCAGACAAACAGUACAGCAUCGACAGUCUGAGGCCAGACACCGAGUACACGGUGUCGCUCAUCUCCAGGAGUGGAGACAUCACCAGUGACCCCGUCACCACCACUUUCAGUACAGCCCUGGAUGCCCCCAAGAACCUGCAGACUGUGUCCCAGACAAACAACAGCAUCACUGUGGAGUGGACUAACAGUCAGGCUGAUGUUGGCAGCUAUCGAGUGAAGUACAGCCCCAUCUCUGGAGCGAGUCAUGGUGAGGAAGUGUUCCCGCGAGGACCAGGAGACACCACAAAAGCUACUAUCACUGGGCUAAAGCCAGGGACGGAGUAUGGGGUCGGAGUGACGGCCGUGAAGAAUGAGAGGGAGAGUCUCCCAGCUACUACAAAUGCAGCAACUGACAUCGAUCCUCCCAGAGAUUUUGAGGAAGCCGAGUCCACAGAGACUUCCCUCACUCUGAGGUGGCAGAAACCUCGGGCCAAGGUCAGCGGCUACAGGCUGGUGUACGUCUCCAGGGACGGCCAGGUUGAGGAGGUGGAGAUCCCGGCCACGGCGACGAGCUACGUCGUGUCCAACCUGACCCCUGGAAUGAGUUACACUCACACUUUGACUGCAGAGAGGGGACACAAGAGCAGCACACCUGUCACCCUAACUGCAUCCACAGCCACUUUCACAUUUUAUUUAGCUGACUCAGACGACCGUGAGCUAACGACUCCCACAGGCUCGGAGGACAAUAUCAUUAGCUUUGCGUAUUUAGACCCCUCUGAGUCCCAGUUCUCUGGGAUGCCGCCUGAGGACGAGCCUGGAACGCUGACCGUUUCAGGCAUCACGUCUGAUGGAUUUGACAUCUCGUGGAGACUAAAGGCUCACAGCGUUUAUGAUAACUUUGCAGUAGAGUAUAAAGACACUCAGCGAUUAUGGGCUGUGAGAGAGGUCCGACUUCCUGGAGAUGCCACUGGCUCUAGAAUCGAAGGCCUGAAUGCAUCAACAGAGUAUCAAAUAAAACUUUAUGGGAACACAAGUAGCCAGAGAUCUGCGCUCCUUGCCACUGUUGCAGUCACAGCACCCAAGCCUACCUCUCCAGAUGUUCUUACGCUGAGCAUCAAAGAUGCCCCAACAAGCCCUAACUCUACCGCUCUGGAUAACGAAACAGUUCAAACCCUCCGUCCUGUAAACACUGAGCCUCCUCCCACUAAUGACACUGGUGUGAUGAGCUUUGGGGCCGAGCCUGAGAGCUCAAACCUGGAUGCACUGAGGAACCUCAGAGUCACAAACGUUUCCUCCACUAGAGUAAGCUUGGCUUGGUCGGCGCCUGACGAGGCGUUCGAUAGCUUUGUGGUGGAGGUCAGUUCUCCAUCCGGGGUGACACAAGCUCGUGUGACCACAUUACCAGGAAGUGUGAGGAAGGCUGAAAUAGAGGGUUUGUCGCCCUCUACAGACCAUGAUAUUACAUUACAAGGGCUGGUGGAAGGGAAGCGCUCUUUGCCUCUCAAAGUUUUUGCCACUACAGAGGAGCUGAAGCCCAUGGUGGUGAACCUCACCAUCUCUGACUUUACAUGGGACGGCUUCACUGCGUCCUGGAGCCCCUCGGGGGGGGAAUUUGACAGCUUUGUCAUUGAGGUAACAAACUUGGAGAAUUUCGCAGAGAGCCAGAACCUGACUCUGUCCGGAGACGCUUUCAGCCUGGGCAUCUCCGGGCUCAAUCCCAACACCAGCUACAUGGUUGGCCUGUAUGGGCUGUAUCAGGGCUCCUUCGUUGAACCCGUGUACAGUGAAGCCACCACAGUGAAUCAGCCAUUGGUUGGCAAACUAUAUAUCUCAAACUUAACAUCAGAGAGCUUUUCAAUCCUCUGGAACGCCACUGAAGGAGAGUUUGAUGGUUUUAUCCUGGAGAUUAUUGAUUCUGAUUGGCUGAUGGAGCCAAAGGAAUAUAACAUAUCCCGCAAUGUUAAGUCCCACGACGUCACAGGGCUCAGGCCCAGCACUGAUUACAUAGCCUACCUCUAUGGGACGUACAAGGGAUCCCGAACGAGAGCUGUCAGUAUUGUUGCAUCAACAGCUGAAGAGCCUGAUUUAUCCAGGCUAGUUGUUUCUAACAUUACCUCAGACAGAUUCUCUCUGUCAUGGCGGACAGGAGAGAAGGCUUUUGAUAACUUUAUAGUAGAAGUCAGAGAGUCUGCUUUGCCCUCGCAGGCAAUGGGGCGCGCUCUGCCAGGAGACGUGCGCUCCACAGUCAUGGCCGGGCUCAAAGCGAGCACAAGCUACAACAUUAAGCUGUACGCCAGCGCUGGUGGCCAGAACACGCAGCCUCUAUUUGCUGUAGCUUCAACAGAGGAUGUCCCACAGUUGGGGCCCAUAGCUGCCUCGUCUGUGAGCCCGCAUAACCUCAGCGUGUACUGGAGCACUGUGUCGGGCCAUUUUGAUGGCUUUGUUAUCCGGGUCAGUGACUCCGAGCAGCAGUCUGACCCGCUGGAGUUCAGACUGCCCGGUGAAACCCGUAACAUUACGAUCUCUAACCUGAUGGAUGCCACAGGCUAUGACAUUGAACUGUAUGGUAUUUCUCAUGGGCGCCACACUCCCUCUGUGUUAGCCCACGCCGUCACAGCGUCUUUGCCUAAAGUGGAAAACUUGACCAUUUCCAACAUAACCCCUUACGGCUUCCGUGUGUCGUGGGGGGUGAAGCGGCAGCUGCAGCCGGAGGAUUUACCCCCCUAUAGUGUUGGCUUCAGCCAUUUUCAAAUAGUGGUGACAGACUCUGGCUGGCUACUGGAGCCUCAGGAGUUCACUGUGCCAGGAAACCAAAGUCACCUGGACAUCUGGGGCCUCAUCACCGGCAUAGGAUAUGAGGUCAGGCUGACGGGGGUGUCAGAGUCAGGGCUUCUCUCUCGGCCUCUGACUACAGUGGCUGUGACAGAGGCUGAGCCGGAGGUGGAGCAUCUCUUUGUGUCGGACAUCACGGCCGACGGUUUCCGUCUGUCGUGGACGGCUGAUGAAGACCUGUUUGACAGAUUUGUGAUUAAACUAAGAGACAGCAAAAGAUUAGCCCAUCCUCAAGAGUACAGCGUCCGCGGUGACGAGCGGACCAAGGUUUUAACUGGACUCAUGAGUGGCACUGAGUAUGAAAUCGAGCUUUACGGUGUCUCAUUGGACCAACGCUCCCAACCUAUUACUGGGGUUGCUCAGACAGGCCUGAGCAAUCCCAGAGGAGUUCACUUCUCCGAAGUGACCGACUCUUCGGCCCUCGUUCACUGGUCCACGCCUCUCUCUCCGGUGGAUACCUACCGCAUCACCUAUGUGCCCUUUGAAGGAGGAAGCCCUAUGUUAGUGACUGUGGAUGGCGCUGUGUUCGAGGCUUUGCUGCCCAAUAUGAUCCCCGGCAAGUUCUACCAAGUGACGGUCAGUGCUGUGAAGGGUCUGGAGGAAAGUGACCCCACCACUGUCACUGUCACCACAGCUUUGGACAGACCUCAGGGUCUGACUGCAGUUAAUGUCACCGACACUUCAGCCCUGCUGCUGUGGCAGCCGUCUGUGGCCACUGUCGACGGCUACGUCAUCACCUACUCUGCCGAUUCAGUGUCCCCGGUGGUGGAGCAUGUUUCUGGCAACACCGUGGAGUUUGAGAUGGGCUCCCUGGUUCCAGGAACACACUACACAGUUGGAGUUCAUGCCAUGAAAGAAUCUGAGAAGAGUGACUCUGCUGUUACUGAAUUCACCACUGAUGUGGACCCUCCUCGGGAUCUGGCAGCUAUUAACAUCCAAACUGAUGGUGCUUCUCUCACAUGGAAACCUCCGCAGGCGGCUGUCACCGGUUACACACUCACCUUCUCUUCGCCUGACGGUACAAUCAGGGAAGUGGUGCUGAGCCCGACAGCCUCCUCUUACAGCAUGGCUCAGCUAACUGGCUCUACAGAGUACACCGUCAGACUGCAGGCCAUGGCUGGAGCCCACAGGAGUCGGCAUAUAUCCACUGUCUUCACUACCAUCGGACAGUUGUACAGACUCCCCAAGGACUGUGCUCAGCUUUUACUGAACGGAGAGACCACCUCCGGCGUGUUCACCAUCUAUGUGGGAGGAGAGGAGAGCCAGCCCCUCCGGGUUUACUGUGACAUGACCACAGAUGGCGGAGGAUGGAUGGUUUUCCUCAGACGCCAGAACGGAAAGCUGGAAUUCUUCAGGAACUGGAAGAACUACACUGCUGGCUUCGGUAGCAUGAAUGAUGAGUUCUGGCUCGGUCUCUCCAACCUCCAUAAAAUCACAUCCAAUGGCCAUUACGAGCUGCGAGUGGACAUGAGGGACAGGGGGGAGUUGGCCUACGCUCAGUAUGACAAGUUCACGAUCGCAGAGCCAAGAACACGCUACAAAGUCUACAUAGGAGCAUAUAGUGGAACAGCAGGUGACUCCAUGACGUACCACCAGGGUCGACCAUUCUCCACCUAUGACAAUGAUAAUGAUGUCGCUGUCACCAACUGCGCCUUGUCCUACAAAGGUGCUUUCUGGUAUAAAAAUUGUCAUCGUGUCAACCUCAUGGGGAAAUAUGGCGACGACAGUCACAGUAAGGGGAUCAACUGGUUCCACUGGAAGGGCCACGAACACUCAAUUGAAUUUGCAGAGAUGAAGAUUAGACCAGCCAACUUCAGAAACUUUGAGAGCAGGAAAAAACGAUCAUAGACUCGUCGUCCCGCUCCCUCGCCAGCUGAAUGAACUUCUGUGUUCUUUCAUCUUUUAAGUAUUCUCUAAAUUACUCGCAAACCAAGGCAAUUACACUGAAUGUAAUUAAUUCUGACUUUGAGAAAUGAAACUAGUAAAAAAGAAAAAAAAGUCCCAGUUUGGCACCGUUUUAUGUGUGAUUAUAUUUCUGUGUGGGUUCCAGGAGAGUUUGUGUGUGAAUGGACAUACAGUACAUGUAUUAUUGGGACGUCAACAGCUGUAUUCAUGCGAGAAUUAAUUGUAAAAUUGUGUAAAUGGAUCCACUGAAUCAGUAACAUGUCAAAGGCACAUAGUCAGAAGGUGUCAGGCCUCAUCCUUCACAUCCCCUGAAGUAACGGGAAGUUAAUUCAGCGGCAUUUAAUUAGUUCAAUUUAAACAGAGUUAUGGACAAAAAUCAUGAUGAAACAUUAUUUUACAGGUCCUUGAAUUCUGAUUUAUUUUUUAAAUAAUCUCCUAAGAAGUUUCCUGGAAAGAAUUUUGUAGUAAUUACAGGUAAAACAAAAAUGUGAAAUGUGCCUGAAAACAAACAUUGAAUUCAGCAUAAAUGAAGAAUAGAGUUUAAUAAUAUUUGAGUGAGGAAUAAAUAUUCACUGGGGUUUAAAUGGAGCAAAUUUCUUCAUGGGAAUUUAUCUGAAAGUCAAUAAAUAAAAUAAAAUCAACUAAUUGAACCAACUAAAUGAACAGUCUCAGAACUUUAUAAUAACGGACCUGUAAAAUAACGACUUACCAAAUAAAUGAAACGAUGCGUCUUAGUCGACAUAAUGAACUCCAUGAAAUAUUGCCAUAUAUUACCUGUACAACUGAGACCAACCACAUUUGCAGGCCGUUAAACACCAUUGAAUUCAUACUUAAAUUUUGAUUUUCAGUAUUUUGAUAUUUUGAUUGAAAACAAAUCUGAUGCUCUGUAACCUUCAAUACAAAUAAAAUGUUAGUUUGAUAAAA